AUGGACCUCCUUUCGGUGUCGCCGUACCAGGAGGUCUUCAGCCGGAAACGACAGCAAAAGCGAGCGAAAAUCGGGGCCAUGGACCUGGAAGGGCUCAUGGAGGCUGCCGAGAAGAGGGCCGAAGGCUACAGCAGCAGCAACGAUCGCCAGGCUUUGCUGGAUGCCUCUGGGCAGGAGGCGAAGGAAGAGGCGACGCCUGGCCGCCACUUCGGCGAGGAGAUCUUCAAUAAGGGUACCUCUAGGAGAAUCUGGGCCGAGCUCUACAAGGUCGUGGACGCCGCAGAUGUGCUGGUCUUUGUGUUGGAUGCACGGGAUCCCAUGGGAACCCGCUGCCAGCAGCUCGAAAGAGAGCUGCGGAAGAGUCGGCGGCACAAGCACGUUGUCUUGCUCGUGAACAAGGUGGACCUGGUCCCCACCUGGGUCACGCGCCGCUGGGUCCAAGAGCUCACGCGGGACUUCCCUACGUUGGCCUUCCACGCGUCGAUCACGAACCCCUUCGGGAAGAACGCCCUUUUGAACCUCCUGCGCCAGUUCGGGAACCUCCUGAAGGAGAAGAAGCAUGUGACCGUCGGGAUGAUUGGUUAUCCGAAUGUAGGGAAGUCCUCAGUCAUCAACACCCUCAAGCGGAAGAAGGUGUGCAAGGCUGCACCAGUGCCCGGCGAGACGCGGGUAUGGCAGUACAUCGCCCUCACCAAGAGGAUCUACCUGCUGGACUGCCCAGGGAUUGUCCCGCCCUCGCAAAGCGACUUCGCGGCCGACUGCGCCAAGGUGCUGAAGGGUGUCGUGCGAGCAGAACGACUCAAAACGCCUUCCGACUACAUUCACGAGGUGUUGGAGCGUGUGAAGAAGCCUUACCUGCUUCAGCGGUACCGCCUGCCGGCGGACACGGCGUGGAACGACAGUGAAGAGUUCCUGACGAUUUUGGGAAAGAAGAUGGGGAAACUCGUCAAGGGCGGUGAAGCCGACCUGGACACCGCGGCCCGCAUCGUGCUCUACGAUUGGCAGCGCGGCCGGAUCCCCUACUUCACGCCCCCGCCGCAAAGAGAGGGAGAAGAGGAGGUACGGAGCUCUCCCGGCUCUCCCUCUUCCUUGUAG